GUCCGGCCCACGAACACUGUCUGCGUAUGGGGUAGACCUGAUAUUAAUAUCAGAGUCAGGGGCAGUUUGGGUAGUCCGAAAAAGGUCUUCUUAUCCUUUUUCUGUUCGGCGGAUUCGCAGGCGAGACAAAAACCUUUCCACAUCCAUUUCUCGUCCCUCAAAUCUCCUAGAGUCUCCUGAUCUCUCCACCCCUUUUUCUCUCAAGCAGGUCUAUUUGACAUUACUAAGGGUGUUUCAGUCAUUUAAGGCGGCAUUUAUUCAAAAUAUGAGGGGCCGUGUGAGGUGGAAUGAGGCUAACUUGAAUGAAAUUGAAGCUAAUAAACCUGUAAGGCAGAAAAUCACUGAGCCUAAAACACCAUACCACCGCAUGACUGAUGGAGAUGGUUCGAUAUCACCAAUACGAAAUUUUGAUAACUGCAUGGGAAAUGCUGAACAUGCAGACGCAAUUCGAAGUGCUUUGAAUAAUGUAGCGUCAUCGAGUGUUAUGUGUCCCCUGAAGAGCGAGGGUUGGGCAUCUGAUGAUGAGGCGGAUGCAAUGGAGCAAGAUGAUGAAGAAAGAAACUGCACUUGUACUAAAUAUUUUGAUGCUGAUAGAGACAGAUUGAACUUUAAGGACCUUAGGAGGGCCCAUUAUGAUGAAUUCUGGAAGGUGAAGGAACUCCUACAGAAGGGGUCCUUCAUGGAUGAUGAAGAUGAGUAUGACAACAGCAAGGGGAAGAGGCAAGAUAGAUGCGAUUCAUCGUCAUCUUUGACAGGCGGCAUGAGAGCAAUAGACAUAGAAGGUGAAACUUCCCCUCACCAUGAACGACAGGAACAAUCGGCUAACCACAUUACAAAGGCAUGAUGCCAAAGCAGUCAAUUGCCUUGGAAUUGUCUUCUUGGUUUUAUCAUAACACUAGAAAACUGUAUGGUUCAGCUCGACCAGUCCACAUUUUCCAUGUUUCUUAUAUGUUGGCAAAUCGUCUACCUCGCACAUAGCAUGCACGCAUGCACAUCAAUCCAGACUUUCUGAGCUGUGCCCAUCCGUUGCGCUUACUGGACAAGCUGAAUCGUUUGAUAAUAGACCAUUGCCCUGUUACCCUUACAUUCGAUUGCCACCACCGUCAAUUAGUAGCCAAUAGAUGUGAUUAGGUGGAUGCGUAAUCCGGAAUGGGGCCUGCAAUUUGGAUGAUCUGAAUUGACAUGGAUGUAUGCUGCAUGUGUAGUUGAUGACUGAUCUCCAUCUAGAAAAUGGCAGAAAAUGUUAAAUUAAUCAUGUAAAUAGUGUUUUUUUUUUAAAUUUUUCCUAAUUCCUGAACUUUCUUCUGUUAGGCAUCUGUAUGUUGAGCAGACAUUUCUAAUAAUAAAAAACCAUUAUUGGAUUGGUCACAA